AUAUAUAAAAGUUCCCUUUCAACAAUCUACCACUAGUGAAAAAGAUUCCCCCCGGUUGGUUGAUGACAAUCAAUCGCCAUGUUCAAAUUUAAAAUAAUCUCAUUGUGCUGUUGCUUACUUGCAGCAGCAGUAGUAAUCGCAGAUCGAUCUUUUCCACCGGAUUUCAAAUUCGGAGUUGGAACGUCAUCGUAUCAAAUCGAAGGUGGAUGGGAUGCUGACGGCAAAGGAGAAUCUAUCUGGGAUCAUCUGACGCACAACUAUCCGUGGAAGAUUGCAGAUCGCACAAAUGGAGAUGUGGCAUGUGACAGUUACAACAACUGGCGUCGAGAUGUCGAGAUGAACAAGGAACUGGGAGUCAACAUGUAUCGCUUCUCACUUGCUUGGAGCCGAAUUUUGCCAACUGGAAUGGGAUACGAUGUCAAUCAAGCCGGUAUUGAUUACUACAACAAUUUGAUAAACGAACUGUUGGCGAACGGUAUCGAACCAAUGGUUACCCUCUACCAUUGGGAUCUCCCUCAGCGUCUGCAGGAACUUGGAGGCUGGACAAACAGUGCGAUUGUGAAGCACUUCAGGGAGUAUGCUAGGAUUGCAUUCGAAAAUUUUGGAGACCGCGUCACUUGGUGGACCACUUUUAACGAACCCAUUCAAUCGUGCUUACUUUCGUAUGAAUACGACUCAAUGGCCCCCGGGUAUGAUUUCCCAGGAGUACCGUGUUAUAUGUGCGCGCACAAUGUGCUUCUAUCUCACGCGGAAGCGGUUGAGCUAUACCGUACCAGAUUCCAACCGACACAGAAAGGCAUGAUCGGUAUCACAAUUGACACUGCUUGGGCCGAACCCAGGAGUGAUUCUCCAGAUGAUGUGGAAGCAUCAAACCUUCUGUUACAGUUCCAGCUCGGAUGGUACGCGCAUCCGAUCUUCUCGAAGACCGGCAACUACCCUCAGGUGAUGAUCGACCGCAUAGACGCUUUGAGCAAAGAGCAGGGCUUUUCCACUUCCCGUCUCCCCAAGUUCACGUGGCAGGAAAUCCGGAAACUAAGAGGAUCCUCAGAUUUCUUCGGCAUCAACGCAUACACGACACAAAUUGUCUACAAGAACGACGAACAAAACUCCAUGAACUACCGUGUGCCAUCGUUUGAUCAUGACCGAAACACUGUUUCGUACCAGGACCCCUCUUGGCCGACAACUGGAUCAAGCUGGCUUAAGGUUUAUCCUAAAGGCCUUUAUCAUCUUCUGCGCUGGAUCAGCGAGCAGUACGGUAAUCCUCCGAUCUACGUAACGGAAAACGGAGUAAGCGAUCUCGGAGGCACCAAGGAUGUCGCCCGAGUUCAGUUCUACAACGAUUACCUAAAUGCCCUACUGGAUGCCAUGGAAGAUGGAUCGGAUGUGAGAGGAUACGUGGCCUGGAGUUUGAUGGACAAUUUCGAGUGGCGUGCAGGAUUGACUGAGCGAUUCGGUUUGUACUAUGUGGACUACGAGGAUCCGGCAAGAACUAGAACAGCGAAGAGCUCGGCCAAGGCAUAUGCCAACAUCAUCAAGACGAGACAGAUUGAUCCGGAUUUUAUGCCAGAACCAGAAGUUUAUAUUCCUGGGCCAGGUGACGACUCCGCUAAGAUUGUUAGACGUUGCAAAGUUACCGGCGUAAGCCCAUAUAAUAAACUAGUGUGCAACUGAACGGAUUUGAAAACUCUGCCAUGAAGUGAAGUAUUCCAAUAAAUUACAAUUAACAAAUGUCGACAAUGUUUGUG